AUGGAAUCAGACUAUGGGUUGACCGAAUAUGCAUCUGGAGAAAAAUUGGAAAAUAUUCCAUGUAUUUUGAAAGAAAUGUAUAGCGAUUUCAAAGUUGAAGAGAUUCUUGAUGACUUCACUGUUCUACAAAUCCCUUCGCCUGAUUUCAUCGUGGAAAAUUCGGCAAAAAAUCAACCGGAAGAUGUGAAGCAAUUGCCAAAACCUGAUUUUCUUGAUGAUCAAAUAAUAGAGAAAUUGGAAGAGAGAUUUGCACAAAAAGGAGAACCAGUUGUAAUUGAAACCGAGGUAAUGUUUGAGAAAAAAAGUGUUCAGAAAAAAAAAGAAAAUAUAUAAUAAUAAUAAUGAGAUUUUUCGCAAGGAAAAAGUUCAGAAAUCUUUAAUUAUUCACAUAUUUUUCAUUAUGAAAAUUCGCGCGCAUUUUUCCAUUGAAUUAAAAUAAUGUAUGACAUCACAUAGUUUUUAGUCGAGAAUAAUGAAAUGAGCCCAUUUGUAAUGAUCAUGUUUUUUUCUUCUUCUUCUUCUUCUUCAAAUGACUCACUGAGAAUGAGAAAAGUAAAGUAAUGUAAUGUCAUAUUAGAAUUAGAAAUAUUUUCAGAACUUAUCAAAAGAAGACCGGAAAAAUAUUCAUAACUAUGUUCGUGAAAAUUAUGGUGGAAAAUUGAUAAGCGAAACGAAGGAUGAUAAAAUAAUAGUUUCGCAUGGACAUACUCAAUCAACUCGAAAAAGAAAACAUUGGGAUGAAAAUAUUCCAAAAGAGACGCAUUUCACGAUGUGUAAGGAGAAUAAGGAUACAAGUUAUGCUCUUGGAAUUGUCUCGAAAUUCCUAAAAGUUCCACCAAAUCAUUUGAAAACUCAUGGAAUAAAAGAUAAAAGAGGUGUGACAAGUCAACGUGUUUGUGGUCGACAAAUUACUGAAAAACAAAUAUUGGAUUUGAAUUCGAUUUUACGACAAAUUAUGAUAUUUGAUGUUUCGUAUAAAAAUGAAUCGAUUCAAAUUGGAGGACAUUGGGGAAAUCGGUUUAGCAUUAUUUUGAGAAAUAUUCCAGAAGAUUCACAAGAAUUGCUGAAAAAUCGAUUGGCAUCUUUUGAUAAACUUGGAUUUAUAAAUUAUUUUGGUGAGUUUUAAAAAAGAAAAUUUUUUCGAAUCAAUUUCAUUGUUUUCUCAACAGGAACUCAAAGAUUUGGUUCGCGAGUCUCAAAUACUGCUGAAAUUGGAUUGCACAUUUUACGUCGUGAAUGGGAAAAUGCUGUGAAAGCUAUUCUGAACAAUGCUCUCCCACGUUAGUUUUUAAGGAAAUUCCUCAAAAAUGUUUUUUUUUGUAGAACAUUUGGAAGAUCGAACUGUUGGUUUUGCAAUUCGAUGUUUUCAAGAAACUGGAAAUGCAAAAUUGGCUUAUUCAAAAUUGAGAGGUGCACAAGCUUUUGCAACAAUUGAAGGAUCGAUUUUGAAAUGUUUGUUGAAAGGAGGAACUUGGCAACAGGUUAGUUUUAUUUUAUGCAAAAAUGCUUACAAUUAAAUGUAUUUAUAUUUAAGUGCAUAACUGAUGCAAUUCCAAUUCAAACUCGCUCUCUUUAUGUUCAUGCUUAUCAAUCAUUGAUUUGGAAUCGAGUUGCAUCAAAAAGAGUUCGAGAAUUUGGAAGAGCAAUUUUGAAUGAAGAAGUGGAUUGUGGGAAAAAUGGAGAAAACUUGAAAACUGGAAUCAAUUCACAUUUUGAUAUUCAUAUUCCUUUGGCUGGAGAAAAUGAAACAUUCAAAAAUUCGAUCGGUAUGUUGAUUUUCUUUAGAAAAAAAGUGUUCGGAUUUUUUUUUAAUUUUAGCAAUGCAAUGGACGAAUGAAGAACUUGCCAAAGAUAAUAUUAAACCAGAAGCAUUCACAUCACUUCAUGAGUUAGUUUUAUUUUACUUUUCAUUCUUGAAUAUACUUUUUUUCAGUCGUUUUUCACUUGGCGAAUCUUCUCGUCCGCUUUUUGUCGAAGCAAAAAAUCUCGAAUACAAUUUCAUUCGAUAUUCUGAACCUCGCGCUUUACUUCAAGAUGGUUUGAAAACUCGUGCAAUUCCAGAAUCUGAAAGAAAUGGAGAUUAUCUAGCGAUUCAGUUGAAGUUUGAUUUACCAUCAGGUUGUUAUGCAACAGUUGCACUUCGAGAAAUAACUGGAGAAGAUAUGAGUAAAAUAUCGAUGAAAGAAGCUAGUUUCAAACUGAAAAAUGAUGCUGAAACCAAAGUAGAAGACGAAAUUAAAGUUGAAUAG